AUGUCGUCCGAAGCGGUCGACGACCAACUGAUCAAAAGAAUCAAAGAUGAGAUCGAAGUGAUCACGGGCGACGAGCUUCCGAGAGAUUUCAUCCGUUAUGGGCCUUCUUUCACUCGCCAGUCCCUCAAGAGGCUGGUACACGGGACGAUGCUGGCCGAGUUCGGGCGCGAUUACCUGAUUCAAAAUGACGCGCUGGAGGUGUUGCUGCUAUUUGCGCAGUUCCACGUUGCUUGCAUCAUGAGAGGUACGUAUCUCUGGCGUGCACAGACCCUGAAGAGUGAGCUCUCUUACUCUGUCUGCUCGGAUGACACCUGGAGAAAGAGGCAAUUGCUAACAGCCACCUUCCCGCGAAUAGCUGCCAACUUGGCUGCCCGAAUGGCCAGGCGACGAACCGUCGAGGGCGAGGAUUUCGCGCUUGCGACCAAGCUGCUCGAGGAGAAGGAGCACCAGAUGAUGUUGAAGAGAGCAUAUGAGAGAUGGGUUCGUAAGGAUCGAAUGGGGGGACUGCGAUACAGUUUGAGGACGCGGGGCUGGUAUGGCUGGUGA